AUGAAUCCGGUCAGAGUAUUUCCAUUGAAAUUCAAUGAAUAACAAAAUACUCAAAGCACUUCGAGUUCGCCAUAGUUAAAGAAGAAGCAGACUCCAAAACUAUUUGAAAAACCGUUGCUUUUAAACAUGUCUCCCGUAUUGUAAAAAUUCAAAUUUGAUUGAAGAAACGGGCAAUCGCCAAUUAAGGGCAAAUUUAAUGUGAAACGACUCACUGUAAAUCCCAAGCAGGAAGACAAAUUCUAAUUUGUAGCUAAUAAUACGAUUUUCAUAGACCCAAUAAUAAAGACCACAAUAGUCAACAAGUUCAUCCCCAAAGAAGAGAGUAAUCAGUGGAGCAACCAACGUUGAAGUAUUUCUACUCUAUACCUAGGCAUUAUCUCCAAUGAAACUACCGAAUCUUCGUCGAGCAGAUACUCAAAUAAAUAACAAUUUACUAAUCAAAGAUGAAACUCUGUAAGAGAUGCAAAGUUCAAAAAGAAAGGAUACAAAAACCGAUGGAACCCCUUCAGUAAUCAGUUAUCUAAGCAAUCUAGUAAUUAAUUAGAGGAUCAAUAAUAAAAUUGAUCUCAGACGUCACUCCCAAUUCUAGACCCUCUGUUUCAAGGGCCAAAUUGGCAUCCCAAACCGUCGAUCAAGACAUUAAGCCAAAACCUACUAAUUAAAUGAUGAUGCUAUAUGGGCGAUCAACCAGUCAAGCAGGCUUAGUAAACACUAUUGUGGCUGACAAUGAAAUGCAAGAUUACGUCACUUUGUUCUACUCUAAGUAUUGUGUAUGAAUAUAAGAUCCCAAGCUGGAUAAAAUGGGUCAGGCUAAACUAAAACCAAUUAAGACAGUGUGAUUGCUACUAACAAUUUGGGAGGAAUUAAAAAUAGAUACAUAUUUUCAGUUUGUGAUGGCCAUGGUGUCUAUGGACAUUAUGUGUCAUAAUUAGUUAAGAAGUUGUUACCAAAUAUCAUAGAUUAACAAAUUAAGUCGAAUGUUGGAAUGUAAGAGAAAGACAUAGGCGAAAAUCAUUUCACUGACAUAUCAAAGGCCAUGAAUUUAGGCUUUUCGAAAAUGCAAAAGGAUUUAUCCAACAGUGGAAUUGACAUUACAUUUAGUGGAACAACUUGCUCUCUGGUCUUAGUUUCUGGACCUCAUUUAUGGUGUGCCAACAUAGGAGACUCAAGAUCAGUAAACUUGAUAUAUAAUAUUCUUUAGAUUUUAAUUCAGUAAUAGAAUAAUUAAAAAUGGAAAACCAUCGAGUUGAGUAAUGAUCAUAAACCAGAUCUACCUAAUGAAUACAAAAGAAUCAUCUCAUCAAAAGGAAGGGUUGAACCAUUUAUCAGUGAGAAUGGAGAGAUGAUCGGUCCACCUAGAGUCUGGUUAUUGCAUGAACAGAUUCCAGGAUUGGCCAUGAGUAGAUCCUUUGGAGAUUAUGUGGCAUCAACUGUUGGAGUGAGUUGUGAACCAGAAAUCAUUCAUUACAAAAUGAAUGCCAAUUGCGCAUUCUUAGUUGUAGCAAGUGAUGGAGUGUGGGAAUUCUUUUCAAAUGAGGAAAUCUAAAAGAUUGUAAUUUCACAUUGGCAACCCAAUAUGACAGCUAAAAGAAUAGAUGAGAUAUGCGAUCAUAUUGUAAAACUCUCCACUCAAAGAUGGCAUCAAGAAGAUGAAGUUGUAGACGAUAUUUCAAUUGUCAUAGCCUAUCUCUAAAAACCAUGA